GCGGUCGUUUACGUCAUCCGCAUGAGACGUGUUUUCCUCUCCCUUGCAGGAAAGUGCAAGUAGCUAACAGGCUACUUUGUUUUCAAGCAUGGCAUCCGCCAAAAAGGGGAAGAAGGUGAUAAAUCAAGAUGAACUCCGUCGAUUAAUGAGGGAAAAACAGAGGCAGACAGCGGACAAGAAGCGCAUCGAGUCUCCUUUUGCCAAAUACAACAGCCUCGGCCACCUGAGCUGCGUCCUGUGCGGCGUCCAGGUGAAGUCCGAGCUGCUGUGGCAGGCUCAUGUUCUCGGAAAACAACACAAGGAUAAAGUUUGUGAGCUGAAGGCGUCGAAAGAGACACCGCAGAGCCAGCCGGCGAAGAGGAAAGCGCCGGAGCCCGAGGACGUGCAUGUCAAACGGGCUAAAGCGGCGCAGGGAGCGGGCCGCUCUCCGUCAGGGCUGCCCGGAGACUUCUUUGAGAAACCGGGUGAGAAGGGGGCUGAUCCUGCACAGAAAUCUGGAGGUUUGAGUCUGUUGUCUGGGAUGUAUGAUGAGGAUGAUGAGGAGGAUGAGGAUGAAGAAGAAAGCGGUCAAACAGGAACCGCAAGCGCUCCUCCUCAGGUGGGUGAACCUGCGCCAUCGGGGCUGCCAGCUGAUUUCUUUGACAGCUCCAUCCCUGCCGCCCCAGCUAUUUCCCACUCAGGCUCCAUCCACAAAGCAGACACACCGGAGAAAAGCGUGGAGAAGAAGGAAAACACCGCCGAGGCGCUGCCGGAAGGCUUCUUUGACGACCCCGUGAGAGACGCCAAAGUGCGCAACGUGGAUGCGCCAAAAGACCUCAUGGACAAGGAGUGGGAAGAGUUUCAGAAGGAGAUGCGCCAGGUGAACACCAAGUCAGAGGCCAUAGUGGCUGAGGAUGACGAGGAGGGUCGGAUUGAGCGUCAGAUUGACGAAAUUGAUGAACAGAUUGAGUGCUACAGGAGGGUUGAGGUACUGAGGGAUAAACGGGACGUGGUGAAGAAAAAACCUGUGCACAUGAAGACGGAGGAUCAUGCGGGGUCUGAUGCAGGUGUAGAGGGAGAGGAGGAUGAAGAACUGCUGCUGGACCUGUUGUCCCGUGACUGGAGGGCCAAAGGCGCACUUGCCUAAUUUUCUCCAGAGCUCACACAUUUGUCAAGUAUUUGCCACCAGUGACUGAUCCAAACUUUUGGUCAGACUGUUGAUAAAGCAGAGCUUUGUGUGCAAGAGUGUCAUUUCACCACCAUUUGUUAACAAUUUUGUUUAAAAAAAAAAAAAAAAAUCUUCCUGACGUUUUUUUGUAUGCUCCAGACUGUGUUCAUGUAAACUUGUAAAUUAGUAAAAACACUGGAAGACAUA